AUGGCGUCUGUUUCUCUCGCGCCGACGCCGCGGGUGCUGAACGGAGCGCCCGAGGGGCCUCUCGGCGCGGCGCCGCCGUCCCAGGCCGGGACGUCGCCUGCGUCUGGGGUCUCGCGCCUGCCGACGUCCUUCGCGGCUUCGCGGAAAACGCCACCGGGCGCCGGCAUCGCCUGUGCGCACAGCGCCGGCGGCGGAACUGCCGCCAGCGGCUCGCGCAAGGGCGGUGCAUCACAAAGCGGAGGAGCCUCCGCAGCGAAACCCGCACAAAAUGGGCAGCAAGGCAACGCGAUUGCUCCCACGGUCGACGUGCCAGAAUGCGUGUGCCAGUUUUGCCCCGAGCUGUACAGCGAGAGCAUGGCCCUGGGGGAGAUGCAGCGCGCGAUGGACGAAGCGACGGAGCAGCUCAUCACGAGUCUGCGCGACACCUGCUACCCCUGUCUGCAGACGAGUAGCCGGAUGACGCUGCCUACGCUGCUCUCUAGGCGGCGCCUGCGUGUGUUUGUCUACAACACGCACGAAAACCAGCCGCCACCAUACACCUCGUUUGAUCAGCACGCGCCGCAGCCCGACGAGGCGUCCGCGGCGCUCUCGGCGGCGACGCUGGCGGGCGCCCAGCAGCCGGGCGCUUCGGCCGCCGGCGCGAACUCGCUCAACUUCCUCUCCGCGGCUGCCGGCGGCGAGCGAAGCAGCGCCGCGGCGAGUGGCGGCAGCGCGCCGGGCGGAGAAGACGGCAAGAAAUCGGGCUGCAUGGCCCCAGUCGAAAGCUCCGAGGUCCACAUGCCGCCGCCCUCCUGGUGUCUGUACAUCAAGGCUGUCAGCAUGGAAAAGCAAGAUACAACGGGCGCGAACUGCGGCUGCGGACCGGCUGCGGGACUUUUCACUCCGCGGUUUUCUUCUUUUUUCUCCCGCGUGAUGAUCUUGACGCCAGAGGAGGCGGUCGUCUGGGAUAGCCGCACGACGAGUUCGCUUGCCGCGUCGCUCUUCGACGGGCUGUCCGUACAUCGCAAAGGCAGCAGAGAAAUGAACCUCAAGAUUCUCUUCUUCAUCAACUACAGGACGCCGACGUUCCGACUGAGCAACGCGCUAUCGACUCUCUGCGGCGGACAGCAGCAGCUAUCGCUGUGUGGGAUUUUGCGGGCGAUUUGGUUACACGUGCUCGCGAAAAACUUGCUCAUCUCCGACGAGAAAAGCGAAGCUGCAAAGUCCGAGCGAAAGGAUGGCGCGCCUUCUACGGAGCCAGCCGGAAAAACGACGGUCGACCCCUCGGGGACUGUUUACGCUCGAACAGACGCUGCGCUGCAGGCGGUCUUUGGGUCUCACGUGCAGCAGUUUUGUUUUGCGGACCUUCCGCGGCUGCUUCGCGGGCAUUUGAUGCCGCCGCGUCCGGUGUGCAUUUCGCAUCCGCUCAAGCUGAGCGGCGACUGGAUCGACAACGAACACACGUACGAGUUCACGCUCGAGUGUCUCGACACGGCGGGCGCCGGCUGGGGCGCGGGGGGCUCGGCGAGCGCGCCGUCUGCGAAUGCCUCGCUGUCUUCAUUGUUUGGCAAUCUCUCGUCGCUCACGGGUUCCGCGGCUACCUCCAUGGCGCUCUGGUCGUCCGCCGUGGAGACGCUGCUGCAAAACAUGACUACGAGCUGCUGCGUUCUCGGGCUGGAUCCGUGGCUGUCUAGCCAGCAGCAGGUGCUGCAGCAGCUCGCCAGCCAGACGCAGCUUCAGCACCUGCAGCAGCUGCCCGGGCUCGCCGCGAGUCAGAGCGCCGGGGGGGGCGGAGGGCCUCCCGGCGCGCAGAAGCGUUGCAAGGCGGAGGAACAAACGGAGAAGGAGCAGAGUCUGCUUCACGACAUCCUCCAGGUUCAGCAGCAGACCGACGAACUCGACGCCAAACUAAAAAACACCAUGGAAAAACUUCAACAGCGAGUCAUGUACCGUAACCUGUACGAAGGCUUUGCGAACGACCCCCUCGCGUUUUUGAACCAGCAGCUGUCGCCGACGCUUCCAAACAUUUCUGAGGCGCUCCUGGAUGAAGACUUUCUCUACGACUACCACGCGCGUCAACGCACGGCCUCCUACUACACUCUGCCCUGGGUCCCCCGAGCCGUGCAGCGCUACCUGCAGAAGCAAAGUGUGCCUAUCGAAGAUCAGGUGUGCAAAGUGCUUUCUUCUUUCAACAUCCCCGAUCCGCGAAAGCGACAACGCGAGGGCGUGGAUGGAGCCGCAGGUACAGGUCAGGGGCCCGCGGGGGCCACCUCGGGCCUGUCCUCCUCCAGCCGGUCUUCCAAGCCGCGUACCGGCGGCGGGAGCGGAGCUGCGAAUGGAGGCGCGAGUAGCGGCCAUCGUCCUCGACCUAGCGGCAGCAGCCGGCAUGUCAAAAAGAAGGAAGAAUCUCCUCAGGCACCCCCAGGUUCGUCCUCUACGCCAGGAGGGGCGUCUGCCUCUGCGAUGCCUUCGGCGACGUCUGGACUCCCUGGAUCUGUCCCGGCUCCUGGCGGGCCUCCAGGGGCGGCCCUCGACGGGGCUCACCCUCAGGCGACGGCGGGGGCGGUAGGCCCGGAUCAUCUUCCCCACGGCAUGCCCGGGCGCCCGCCGCAGGGGAUGCCUGGAGGCCAGGGGGCGGGUUACGUGGCGCCUCCCGGGGGCAUGAAAGGGCCUGCGUCCGGUGGGCAUUUCGUUCCAAGUCCCUCUCCCUAUGCGCCGAUGGAUCCUUCCGUGGCGAUGAUGUCGGGCAUGCCCCCCCCGCACGGGCUUCCAGCCGCCGGUGGGGCCCAAGCUUCGAUGUCCAUCGGGCCAGGAGGCCAGCCCGCCGGGGCUGCAGGGCCGUAUCAUCGCCAGGCGAUGGGGCUCGUGGAGGCCUCGGGGGUCAGGCCCCCUAUGGGCAUGGCAGGGGCGCCGGCGGGAAUGUACGGGCACGGUUCUCAGGGGGGGCCGCCAAUGGGCGGUGGGUUGCCGGUGCCGCAGAUGAUGCAGCCGCACGGGCUCAUGCCGGGGCCCGCGGGCGGCAUGCAGGGCCCUUCGUGGGUAGGGCCGCAGGCCCAGCAAACCGUGGGGCCUCACGUGGGGGGCCCAGGGCACUACUGGGGCGGCGCGCCCGGCAUGCCUCCUGGAGGCGGCUUGCGGCCCGGCGGCCACAUGGGAUGA